UUCGAUCAGUAGCACAUCUACAAGAAGAGCUUGAAAAUAAUUACAAUGAAUACUUAUCUAUGAGCAUGCUUCGCAAUUAUUUGUUGCCAAAUAACAGAAGUUCGAUCACAGCCAGAGCCCACCACCACCCUGCAUUGAUUGGAAUAGCUAAUGUUUCACGAAGUGAAAAAAAAGAACAUGUUGAUACUCAUUAUUGCUUAGCUUCAAUAAAAGCUUCAAAGACAUUCGCAAGUACAUUCCCUAAUAUAUCAGUUUUGGUGUCCCAAGACAACAAGGCAAAGGUUAAUGUUGGUAUACCUGCUGUAGGACGUACAUUCCAAACAAUUCAAUCAAUUGCUGAACCCAUAGAAUUAGAAGACCAUGAUUUUCCAAUUGGAAUAUCCCAAAAAUUAGUUCCAAGCGUCUAUUUGAUAAUUAAUCUGGCAGAUUCAAACGACACAAUGAGAACAGGGCAACUCGCAAUUUAUGUACGACCACAGUGGUACAUUAGAUCAAGUUCUUUAACACAUAUGCAAGAUUUGAUUAAUCUUUCAUCAAUGAAAGAGUAUGAAGAAGUUUUCAAAAUAAAUAAUACUGUCAAACCA